AUGAGAGCUAGGAUUGGUGCUGGUUGGCUACAACACGUCUUGUUGUUCUUCGUUUGUGUCUUGGGUUUUAUAUCGCUUGCAUCAUGUAUAGAUGGAGAUGAAUACAGCAACACAGGAGACCCAAAAGUUCUUGUUCCCGUUACAAAAAUUAUAUACAACCGACUUCAGAAUCUAAAGAAUGCCUUAAAGGCUGACAUUGAUCGGGAUUUAGGAUAUUGCAUCAAAAAUUUGAAGAACGACUGGGAUGAAGCAUUUGAUUUUGAUAAAAAUCUGGACUUCUUAACCAAUUGUGUCAAGAAAACCGAUGGUGACCUCACAUUUAGACUAUGUUCAGCUGCUGAGAUAAAGUUCUAUUUCAAUAGUUUUGUUAGAAGGGAUCUAUCAACAACGGUUCAUGUAAAGCCUAACGUAAACUGCAAUCUAGCUAAAUGGGUUUCCGGAUGCGAACCGGGAUGGAGUUGUAGAGCAGAUGAUGAUAAAAACUUUGAUCUCAACAAUGGGAAAAUUCUUCCAUCUAGAACUCGUAAAUGUCUACCUUGCUGUGAGGGUUUCUUUUGUCCACAAGGUCUUGCUUGCAUGAUACGCGCUUAUUGCCCACUUGCCAAGCUUAAUAAAGCAACAGGAGUUUGCGAGCCAUAUAAUUAUCAAAUACCUCCGGGAAAGAUUAACCAUACGUGUGGAUCAGCAGAUAGUUGGGUUGAUGCUGAGAGUAGUGGUGAUAUGUUUUGCUCUCCAGCAUGCUUCAAGCUCGCAACUUGUAAUCCAAAUACUGCAAACCAAAAUAUUCAUGCCUAUGGAGCCAUCUUAAUUGCGGCACUAAGUCUUCUGAUGAUCAUGGUAUAUAACUGCUCUGAUCAAGUUCUUGCCACUCGAGAAAAAAGACAAGCAAAAUCUAGAGAAGCUGCAGCAAGACACGCAAAAGAGACAACACAAGCUCGUGAAAGAUGGAAAACUGCAAGAGAUGUUGCCAAGAACCCAAAGAUGGGAUUGUCUGCGCAACUAUCUCAAACAUUCUCUCGCAUGAAAUCUAAGAAAGAACCUGAAAAAGCAAGUGGAAAGUCAAAAGACAAGAAAAAGGAGAGUAAUUUAACCAAGAUGAUGAAGUCAAUGGAACAAAACCCGAACAGCAACGAAGGGUUUAACGUGGGAAGUGGAAGUAAACAUGGGAAGAAGCCACAAGCUCCAAAGGGCAAAGCCCUACACACUCAAAGCCAGAUUUUCAAGUACGCAUAUGGUCAGAUUGAGAAGGAGAAAGCUAUGGAGCAAAACAACCAGAACUUGACAUUCUCAGGAGUUAUUUCCAUGGCCACUGACACUGAGAUUAGGACUAGACCUGUCAUAGAGGUUGCUUUCAAGGACUUGACACUUACGUUGAAGGGUAAACAUAAGCAUAUAUUGAGAUCUGUUACCGGAAAGAUCAUGCCUGGCCGUGUCUCCGCAGUCAUGGGUCCAUCAGGAGCUGGAAAAACUACAUUUCUUUCUGCCUUGGCAGGAAAGGCAACCGGAUGUACGAGGACUGGUCUAAUCCUUAUAAAUGGUAAAAAUGAAUCUAUAAACUCAUACAAGAAGAUCACUGGAUUUGUGCCACAAGAUGAUGUUGUGCAUGGAAAUCUUACCGUUGAGGAGAACCUUCGAUUUAGCGCAAGAUGCAGAUUAAGUGCUUUUAUGUCAAAAGCAGACAAAGUGUUAAUCAUUGAAAGAGUGAUUGAAAGCUUAGGACUACAACAUGUAAGAGACUCGUUAGUUGGUACGGUAGAAAAAAGAGGAAUCUCUGGAGGGCAGAGGAAACGAGUGAACGUUGGUGUUGAAAUGGUCAUGGAACCUUCUCUAUUGAUAUUGGACGAACCUACAACAGGUUUAGAUAGUGCAUCUUCGCAGUUACUUCUUAGGGCACUUCGACGUGAAGCACUUGAAGGUGUUAACAUUUGCAUGGUCGUGCAUCAACCUAGUUAUACGAUGUACAAGAUGUUCGAUGACAUGAUAAUACUAGCAAAAGGUGGCCUAACCGUGUACCAUGGAUCAGUCAAGAAAAUCGAAGAAUAUUUUGCUGGAAUCGGAAUCACGGUUCCUGAUCGUGUCAAUCCUCCUGAUCAUUAUAUAGACAUUCUCGAAGGCAUUGUGAAACCAAAUAGUGACAUCACUAUAGAACAACUUCCUGUGAGAUGGAUGUUGCAUAAUGGCUAUCCAGUGCCGCAUGAUAUGUUGAAGUUCUGUGAUGGACUCCCAUCAUCAUCCGGACCAGCUCAAGAUGAUGAUUCAUCUCACAACUCGUUUGGUAAUGAUCUAUGGGAAGAUGUGAAAACAAAUGUGGAGAUGCAGAAAGAUCAGUUACAACACAAUUACUCGAAUUCUCAAGACAAUUCUAAUCGAGUAACUCCUAGUUUAGGUCGACAAUAUAGAUAUUUUAUUGGAAGGGUUGGGAAACAACGACUUAGAGAAGCAAGACUACAAGCCCUAGAUUUACUAAUAUUAUUAGUUGCAGGAGCUUGUUUAGGAACUCUUGCCAAGGUCAACGACGAGACAAUUGGUUCACUUGGCUACACAUACACGAUCAUAGCCGUUUCUCUUUUGUGUAAGAUUUCGGCGUUGAGAUCGUUCUCCGCGGAUAAGUUACAAUAUUGGAGAGAAAGUGCGGCUGGAAUUAGCAGUUUGGCACAUUUCUUGGCGAAAGAUACAAUGGACCAUUUGAACACAAUUGUUAAACCUUUAGUGUACUUGUCCAUGUUCUACUUCUUCAACAAUCCGAGAUCAAGUUUCGAAGACAACUACAUUGUACUCGUAUGUUUGGUCUACUGCGUAACGGGGAUGGCUUACAUAUUUGCCAUAGUCUACAAUCCUAGUGCUGCCCAAUUGAUGUCGGUGUUAGUACCCGUUGUGUUGACUCUCAUCGCAAAUCAAGAUAAAGAUAGCCUAGUUCUUAAGUAUCUUGGAACAUUUUGUUACCCCAAAUGGACUCUUGAAGCUUUUGUCCUUUCCAACGCUCAAAGGUACUCUGGAGUGUGGGUGGUGACUAGGUGCAGCUCAUUGUCUCAAAACGGAUAUGAUCUUAGUGAUUGGGUCUUAUGUCUCAUUGUUCUCGUUCUCAUGGGUAUCAUUUGCCGAUUCAUAGCUUAUUUCUGCAUGGUUACCUUCAAGAAGAAAUAA